AUGUUCUUUAGCAGUGCAAAAGUGUAGCAUAUAUAUCAUUUAUACUUUAUAAUAGAUUUAAUUUUAACUAUAUUUGACUUUUUAUAUAUAUUUAUAGUAAUUGGUAUUAAGUUUAGUGCUUUUUUUUAACCUAUUUCUUAUUUAUUUUAGUAGGACGUGAGCAGGACCCAUGGCCAGCAGGUCAUCUCCAGGUCCUUCCACCUCUUCCCAGGACCAACAACGGAAGAGGAAGAGAGAGGCAGGUGGACAGAAUGGAGAAGAACACGCAUCAUCUGGAUCUCCAACACACUACAAAUGGAGAAGAGGACGGAUUACCAGCGAGGUGAAGGCUUCCUUCCUGCAGCCGGAAGAGCGGGCAGCUUUUUACAACAUCCUGAAGGACGACCACAUACACAAUUUCCUCCUCCGGGACACUGGCCUGAGGAUCUCCGACAAGUACCUCCUAGCCAUGGUACUUGUGUACUUUAAGCGGGCAGGCCUGAAGAUGGAGGAGUAUGGGAGGAAUUUCUUCGCCGCCCUGUUCUUGGCCAACCAGGUUGAAGAGGACGAGCAAUCCAGAAGAGAGAUCUACCCCUGGGCCCUCGGCUGGACAUGGAGGACAAAGAUGAAGCGACUGCAUCAGCGAAGAGACACCUUACUGAGGAGGAUGGACUACAGAGCUGUGGUGGAUCGGGCCACCUGUGAUCUGGUCAUGGCUGAAGACCCUUCUCACUGGGCCUGGACAAGGACUCGGCCAUUACACCACGGCUGGGCCAUACGCUGGUACCAUAGGCACUGGCAAGAGUACCAAAUACGAGGCCCAGAAAGCAGCCCUCUACCUUGUGCUCUCUGCAGUGCCACUCUAGUCUACCCAAUAAAGUGGAAAGUGGUCGGGAAUAACAUCUGCCGCCAGUCAGAAGAUGAGCCCGAGACCAUUCUAACGGUCAUCCCAUAAACAUCUCCGCCAUGAAGACCUGCUGACGAAUAAGGGUGAAGAAAUGAAGAGGAAACCAAACAGGAGGAUUGAACAUUACACCACAUUACAUUACACCACAUCACAUACAAUACAAUAGACCACACAAUAGUGCCACAACAUUGUUACUGCACAUCCAUUAGUCACGUUAGUAUGCCCAGAGGAAGGGCAGUACAGCAGCCAUGGUUCCUCGCAGGUUUCCUCCACAGGGGGUUUUGUCUGUCCUGAGUUCUGCUGUACACUCCCCAUGAAUGAUAGGAUGUAACUGCUAGAGUUACACAGUAAAAUAUACUUAAUAGCUCUAAAUACAGUAUUUUAUUAUUUAGUA